AUGACUCCAAUUUCGCAUCCGACUGAGAAUCCAGACUGGAACAACCUGAGUAUUCUCCACAAGGGUACACUCACCCCGCGUUCGUACUUCCACAACUACAUCUCAGAAGCCGAUGCGCUGGAAUACGAUGUAACAAAGUCGAAAACGCAUAGCCUGUCCGGCACAUGGAAGUUCCAGCAUUCAUACUCGCCAUUCGAGGCCCCAGAAGGCUUCGAGGCGCCCUCCUUUGACUUUUCAAAAUGGAGUGAUAUUACUGUACCCGGUAUGUGGCAGCUGCAGGGCUUUGGAAAGGGUCCUCAGUACACAAAUGUCCAGUACCAGAUUCCAGUUGAUCCUCCGAACGUCUCUUUCACGGAAAAUGAGACCGGUUCGUAUAUACGAAACUUCUGUGUUCCGGAGGCCCUGAAAGAUGGUCAAAUUCGCCUCAGGUUUGAAGGUGUCGAUGCUGCUUUCCACGUUUGGGUGAAUGGAAAAGAGGUUGGGUACUCCCAGGGAAGCAGAAACCCGGAUGAGUUUGAUGUGACAGACGUAGUCAACAAGCAUGGUGAGAAUACUCUUGCGGUUAGAGUGUACCAGCUCUGCGAUGGAACGUACAUUGAAGAUCAAGAUCAAUGGUGGUUGAGUGGCAUCUUUCGCGAUGUACUCCUGGUUGGAUUUCCAAGUGAAACUCGCAUCGACAAUGUAUUCACACAAACCCUCCUGGAUUCCAAGUACACAAACGCCGAGCUCAAGGUCAAAGUCAGUGCAGUCGGAUCUGGCAAAAUUACCGUCAAGCUCUUAGAUUCCAAGAAGAACGUUGUCAUCUUAGCGGAUUCAGAUGUGAGUAACAAACCUACCACGGAAUUCAGUAUCGCUGUAGAGAAUCCUCUGAAGUGGACUGCCGAGUCACCCAACCUCUACCACCUGGUCGUGUCACUUGGAGAGCAGUACGUCGUUCAUCGUGUCGGCUUCCGCCAAGUCGAAAUGAAAGACGGGUUGAUCAAAGUCAAUGGCAAGAGGGUCGUCUUCCGCGGCGUCAACCGUCACGAGCAUCAUCCCGAAUUUGGAAGAGCUGUGCCAUUUGAAUUCAUGAAGAAGGAUCUCCUCACGAUGAAGCGCCACAAUGUGAAUGCCAUCCGCACAUCCCAUCAGCUGAACGACCCGCGUUUGUAUGACCUAGCAGAUGAGAUGGGUUUCUGGGUCAUUGACGAGGCGGAUCUGGAAUGCCACGGUUUCGAAUGCAUUGCCGAUGCUUCACUCACUGCUGAUGAGCGAGCAUUGGAGUUCCGCAAACGCCAGCUUCUCACAAGAGAGAAGGCCGCUGAGUGGACUACAAACAAUCCAGACUGGACCCACGCGUAUGUCGAUCGUGCUGAGUAUCUGAUCAAGCGAGAUCAGCUGCACCCCUCCGUUAUUAUAUGGAGUCUGGGUAACGAGGCCUUCUUCGGCCAGAACUUCAAGGCUAUGUACGACCACAUCAAGGCAUACGACGACAGCAGACCAAUCCACUACGAGGCGGAUAUCGAGGCGGAGACCAUGGACAUGUACUCGAGGAUGUAUCCGCCAAUCGACGAGAUUAUCAAGUUUGCCGAGGACAAGAGCAAGACAAAGCCACUCGUGCUUUGCGAGUUUAUCCACGCCAUGGGUAACGGACCUGGUAAUAUCAAAGAAUACAUUGAUGCGUUUUACAAGUACCCCACGCUGCAAGGUGGCUUUGCGUGGGAAUGGGCAAACCACGGGCUGUUGACUAAAGACAAGCAAACGAAAGAGGAGUUCUACGCAUACGGAGGCGAUUUUGGUGAAGAAGUGCAUGAUUCAACAUUUGUCAUGGAUGGGCUGGUGAACUCUGACCAUGCACCCAAUGCGGGUCUGAUUGAGUACAAGAAAGCCAUCGAGCCCGUGCAGCUGACGGAGGCGAGCAAGACGAAGGCGAAGUUCAUCAACCGAUACGAUUUUAUCACGCUGGACCAUUUGAGCCUGCAGUACUCCACUGUCUCGGAGGCUGAUACUGAGUUGAAAACUGGCUCCCUAGACAUUCCGUCUGGUGUCGCACCAGGCGAGACGUUUGAAGUCGAUCUUCCGGAAGUUCCGGGUGGUGAUGGUGAAGUUCUCCUCAACUUCUCCUUCAGGCUGAAAGAGGAAACUCCAUACCUCGAGAAAGGGUUUGAAGUUGCUACCGCACAAACUUCUGUCACGGCGAUCGCCCCUCUACAAAAGCCUUCGCCUUCCAACAAGGCACUGGAAAUCACCACCUCCAGAAAUGUUCUCGAGAUCACCACGGAGAAAUCAGCAUGGAAGUUCAACACCCUCCACGGUACCCUCACAUCCUGGGUCCAGAACUCCACUGAGCUCAUUUCAAAAGCUCCCGAGAUAGACUUCUUCCGCGCACCGACUGACAACGAUAUUCCCCAAGACGGCUGGGACUGGAAGGAACGCUACUUGCACCUUGCCCAACCUUCCACCCGCAAGGUCUCCUGGUAUCAGUCCGGCGCCGAUGAGCUCAAAGUCGUUGUCGCCCAACGCGUCGCACCCCCAAUCCUAUCAUGGUCCAUUGACUGCACUCUCGUGUAUACAUUCCUCGCCACAGGCACUCUAACUAUAACCGUGGCCGGUUCGCCAAGAGGAGAGAAUCUGCCCCGCACACUGCCUCGCAUCGGCCUCGUCAUGGAGCUGCCCGCCUCCUUCGAGUCAGUAACAUGGUUCGGCCGUGGCCCAGGCGAAUCCUAUCGCGACAGCAAACUCUCACAGCACAUUGGGAAGCACACAUCCUCCAUCGACGGGAUGUGGGUCGACUACGAAGUGCCGCAGGAAAGUUCAAACCGCACUGACACGCGCUGGGUGGCGGUGUCGAGCGGCACAACGGGCUUGCAUGUGCAGUUUGUUGAGAAGGGCGGCGAGCAACGCAGGCCGUUUGAUUUCCAGGUCAGCCGGUACCGCAUGCGGGACGUUGCCAAGGCGGGGCAUCCGCAUGAGUUACGGAAGAUGAAGAGGGAGGAAGUGGUGCUGAGGCUGGACUGGGCGCAUCACGGGCUGGGGAGUGGGAGUUGCGGGCCCAAGACGCUGCCCGAGUAUGCGCUGCUGACGGAGGCGUUUACGUUUGAGGUGUUGCUGCAGGGCUUGUGA